AUGGCCAUCUCAUCACGCCUCGCCCUGUGGGAGCAGAAGAUUCGGGAGGAGGACAAGAGCCCUCCACCUUCCUCGCCCCCUCCCCUGUUCUCUGUCAUCCCAGGAGGCUUCAUUAGGCAACUCGUCCGGGAGACUGAGAAAGAGUCCAAGGAAGCAAGACUGAGGAAACAGGCAGCGCUUGGCUCUCCUGAACAAGAGACCCCAGAAACUUCUGCUGGCCAACCCAAGGGCAAGUCCAACAGUGGCACCAAAUCUGGAAACCAGCAAAUCCCCCAAGGCAGCCAGUCAGGCUCUCCGCAGAACUCGAACAUUCCAGGCAAGGAGAGCCAGGGGGCCGGCCCCACAGACCCCGUGCUGAUGACCAGCAUCAAUGGUGAGAAGCCCCAGGAGCCGGGCCCCAGUGGGACCCCAGCCAGAAAACCCCUGCCCUUCAAGAGAGGUGUGAGGAGGGGUGACGUGCUGCUGAUGGUGGCCAAGCUGGACCCGGACUCAGCCAAGCCGGAGCAGAGGACCCAGCCCCAUGACGCCCCCACCUGUAAGACCCCACCCCCAGCCACAGACCCUGGAGGGGAACAGAAGGGGGGGACUCCAGGGACUCAUGGCACUAAGGACACAGCCCCGAAGGCUGAGAAGACCCAGACCGAGGGCGUUGUGGACCCAGGAACGCAAGGCGUGGUGGGGAAAGGGGGCAGGGACCCCCAGACCAAAGGGCUGAAAGGGGGUGAACUCCAGGGCAGAGAGGGGCCAGGCGAAGGGGGACGGUCAGCUACAGCAGAGAAGGGGGCAGGGGACCCCCCAAACAAGAUGGCAAAGGGGAACCUCUCCAAGGAUUCGGGGGGCAACGGCAAGCCCGCUGGGGCCCAGAUCCAGGUGAGAAAGUGGGGAGUCUCCCUGGGCAGCAGGAGCAAAUGGGAUGGUCCCCGGAGUAAGAAGGAUAAAGAAGGUUCGCUGCUGAGUAAGGCAGAGAAGACAGAGGAGCCUCAGGUCAAGGCAGAGAAGAUGAGCAAGGUUCAGGGGAAGCCCGGGAAGGUGGGGGGAACUCCCGGAGGGGUGGAGAAAGCAGGCCAGCCUCUGAGAAGGACAGAGAAGGCAGGGGAGCCCCAGACCAAGGUAGGAGAGGAAGGGCGGCCUCAGAGUGAGCCCGGGGAGGCAGGUAGAGCCGGGGGGGAGAGAGAGAAGGGCUGUGAAACCCCCAAGGAGGUGGGUGCAUGCAGGGAGAACCCAGCGGCGGCUGGGAAGGAGGGCCGGCCAGAGAGCAGAGGACAGAAUGCCCGGGAGCCCCGUGCGGGAGCGGAUGACGCGACAGAGACCCUGGAGAUGGAGCUGGAAAGGGCCGGACCACCUGCUCUGGAGGGCCAUGCAGACAGUCCUCAGGAUCGGAAGGAGGGUGAAGAGGGGCCGGCCCUGCCGGAGGGGAGCAAAGGAGGACAGAGCAGAGACUUGGAUCAGGCUCCUGAGGACAGAUGGUACGAGGCAGAGAAAGUGUGGCUGGUUCAGAAGGAUGGAUUUACUCUUGCAACUGUCCUGAAGCCGGAUGAGGGAACAGCCGACCUGCCGGCAGGAAGGGUGCGAGUUUGCAUCGAUGCUGACAAAACCGUGACGGAGGUGGACGAGGAGUGUGUUCAUAGGGCCAACCCCCCCGAGCUGGACCAGGCUGAGGACCUGGCCUCCCUGGUCAGUGUCAACGAAUCAAGUGUCCUGAACACGCUUCUGCACCGCUACCGGGCUCAGCUGCCCCACACCUUCACCGGGCCGGACCUGAUCGCCCUCCAGCCCCGGAGGCCCCCGGCGCCCUCUGCAGGCAAGGUGCCCAGGCGCCGCCGGGAUGGCCUGCCAGCUCACGUUGGCUCCCUGGCCCAGCGGGCAUACUGGGCGCUGCUGAGCCAGCGGAGGGACCAGAGCAUCGUGGCUCUGGGGCGCAGCGGUGCUGGGAAGACCACCUGUUGCGAGCAGGUCCUGGAGCACCUGGUGGCGAUGGCAGGCAGUGUGGAUGGCAGGGUCUCAGUGGAGAAGAUCCAAGCUACCUUCACCGUCCUCCGGGCUUUUGGCUCUGUGCCCACCAGCCAUAGCUGCAAUGCCACCCGGUUUGCCAUGGUGAUGUCGCUCGAUUUCAAUGCCACGGGGAAAGUCACAGCCGCUCAGCUCCAGACGAUGCUCUUGGAGAAGAGCCACGUGGCCCGACAGCCAGAAGGGGAAGGCAACUUUGAGGUUUUCUCCCAGAUGCUAGCUGGGUUAGACCUGGAUCUCAGGACAGAGCUAUACCUACACCAGACGGCAGACAGCAGCUCCUUCGGCAUGGGCGUGUGGCCUAAGCCCGAAGACAAGCAGAAGGCGGCAGCUGCCUUUGCCCAUCUCCAGAGCGCCAUGGAGACACUGGGCAUCUCGCAGGGCGAGCAGCGAGCCAUUUGGCGGGUGCUGGCAGCCAUCUACCACCUCGGCGCAGCGGGAGCCUGCAAAGUCGGCCGGAAGCAGUUCAUGCGGUUUGAGUGGGCAAACCACGCAGCGGAGGCCCUGGGCUGCGAAUAUGAGGAGCUGAACACGGCCACCUUCAAGCACCACUUGCGACAGAUCAUCGAGCAAGUGACAUCUGGGCCGGGCCGACGGAGACCUGAGGGCGAGGAGACCAGCUCAGGGCUCAAGAUGACGGGCGUGGAGUGUGUGGAGGGGAUGGCCUCGGGCCUGUACCAAGAGCUCUUUGCGGCUGUGGUCUCACUCAUCAACAGGUCUUUCUCUUCCUGCCACCUCUCCAUGGCCUCCAUCAUGGUGGUGGACCCCCCGGGCUUUCAGAACCCGCGGCACCAGUGCAAGGACCGGGCGGCCACCUUCGAGGAGCUGUGCCGCAAUUACGCCCAUGAACGAUUACAGCUGCUUUUCUACCAGCGGACCUUCGUCUCUGCGCUGGAGCGAUACCGACAGGAAGGUAUUCCCGUGCCCUUUGAUCUCCCGGAGCCUUCCCCAGGGACCACGGUGGCUGUCGUGGACCAGAAUCUUUCCCAGGUCCGCUUACCAGCUGUUGGAGGUGCUGAGGACUCCAGGGGCCUUUUCUGGCUCUUGGAUGAGGAAUUCCGGGUGGAGGGCUCCAGUGACAGCAUGGUGCUCGAGCGUCUCUGUGCAGCCUUUGAGAAGAAAGGGGCUGAGGCCGAAGGGACCUCUGCCCUUCGGGCCUGUGAGCAGCCCCUCCAGUUCGAGAUUUUCCACCAGCUGGGACAGGACCCCGUGCGCUAUGACCUCACGGGCUGGCUGCAUAGAGGCAAGCCCAACCUCUCGGCCCUGGAUGCCCCUUCGGUGCUGCAGCAGUCAAAGAGGGAGGAUCUGAGGAGUCUGUUCCAGGCCCGGGCCAAGCUGCCCCCCGUGUGCCGGGCCGUGGCCGGCCUGGAGGGCACCUCCCAGCAGGCCCUACAGAGGAGCUGCACGGUGAGGAAGGCGUUUGCCAGCAGCUUCGCCGCGGUCAAGAGGAAAGCGCCGUGCUCCCAGAUCAAGCUGCAGAUGGAUGCACUGACCAGCAUGAUCAGACGGUCUCAGAUACAUUUCAUCCACUGCCUUGUGCCGGGCCCCGCGGGGGAGAGCAGAGGCGGGCAGGGGUCUCUGACCCCACCGCAGCCUGGUGGAGAUAAGCCCGGAACAGGCGGACCUCUGCCCUUGGACAUCCCUGCGCUGAGGGUGCAGCUUGCGGGGUCCUGCGUCCUGGAGGCACUGCGUCUACACAGGGCAGGCUAUGCUGACCAUGUGGGGCUCGCUCAAUUCCGCCGGAGAUUCCAGGUGCUGGACCCUGUCCUCAUGAAGAAGCUCACGUCGGCCUCCGAGGGCAUAGACGAGAGGAAGGCUGUGGAUGAGCUCCUACAGACCCUGGAUCUGGAGAAGAAGGCGGUGGUUGUUGGGCACAGCCAGGUUUUCCUCAAGGCAGGCGUGGUCUCCAGGCUUGAGAAGCAGCGGGAGAAGCUGGCGUCUCACAGCAUCAUUUUAUUCCAGGCGGCUUGUAAGGGCUUUCUGUCCCGGCAGGAAUUCAAGAAGCUGAAGAUUCGCCGCCUGGCUGCGCGGUGCAUCCAGAAGAACGUGGCUGUGUUCCUGGCGGUCAAGGACUGGUCCUGGUGGCGGCUCCUCGGUUCCCUCCGGCCCCUGCUGAGUGCCACCAUUGGGGAUGAGCAGCUCCACGCCAAGGAGGAGGAACUCACAAUGCUGAGACAGAAGCUAGAAAAAUCGGAGAAGUCACGGAAUGAACUCCGGCAGAAUGCAGACCUGCUAGAGAGCAAGGUUGCUGAACUGACCGCGGAGCUGGCUGAUGAGCACUUCAGGGGGGACGUGGCCUGCCAGGUGCUAGAGAGUGAGCGGGCAGAGCGGCUGCGGGCCUUCCGGGAGGUCCAGGAGCUGAAGAGCAAGUAUGAGCAAGUCCAGAAGAAUUUGGGAGAAGUGCAGAAGCAGUUGGGAGAAGCGCAGCAGAAAAUUCAGUUGGGUGACUUGGAAAGGAGCCACACAGGAGGAGCGGAUGAAUGGAUGAUGCGGUUCGACUGUGCUCAGAUGGAGAACAACUUCCUGCGGAAGCGUCUACAGCAAUUUGAAGAGAGGCUGGACUCCGAGUUGACAUCCAGGAAAGAGCUGGAGCAGAAGCUCGGGGAGCUGCAGAGCGCUUAUGAAGGGGCCAAGAAAAUGGCUCACCAGCUAAAGAGGAAGUGCCACCAUCUGACCUGUGACCUGGAGGACACCCGCCUCCAGCUGGAGGACCAGCAAAGCCGGAGUCACGAGCUCGAGAAGAAGCAGAAGAAGUUUGACAUGCAGCUGGCCCAGGCUCUGGGUGAGUCUGUGUUUGAGAAGGGUCUUCGAGAGAAAGUGACCCAGGAGAACACCAGUGUCCGAUGGGAACUGGGCCAGCUUCAGCAGCGGUUGAAGCAAAAAGAGCAGGAAACCUCGCAGCUGAAGCAGGAGGUGGAGACGUUGCAGGCCCAUAAGCGGGAGCUCUUGGGGUUGUCCUCUCUGGGAGAAAACUGUGUCGCUGGCUUGAAGGAGAGGCUCUGGAAUCUGGAAUCCAGCGCCCUGGAGCAUGAGAAAAUCCAGAGUCAGCAAGAAAACACCAUCAAGCAGCUGGAGCAGCUCCGCCAGCGGUUUGAGCUGGAGAUCGAGCGGAUGAAACAGAUGCACCAGAAGGACCGUGAGGACCAGGAGGAGGAGCUGGAAGAUGUCCGCCAGUCCUGCCAGAAGCGGCUCCGCCAGCUGGAAAUGCAGCUGGAACAAGAAUACGAGGAGAAGCAGAUAGCCCUUCAUGAGAAGCAGGAUUUGGAAGGCUUGAUUGGAACCCUCUGCGAUCAGAUCGGCCAUCGGGACUUUGACGUGGAGAAGCGUCUCCGGAGGGACCUCAAAAGGACUCACGCGCUACUGUCCGACGUGCAGCUCCUUCUGGGGAGCAUGGAGGAUAGCAAGACGUCGGUCAGCAAGGAGGAGCUGGAGAAAGUGCACAGCCAGCUGGAGCAGAGUGAAGCCAAGUGUGAGGAUGCUUUGAAGACCCAGAAGGCGCUGACUGCGGACCUGGAGAGUAUGCACAGCGAGCUGGAGAACAUGACCCGGAAUAAGAGCCUGUCUGCUACUGACAUUGGGCAGAUCCAAGACCUACAGCUGCAGCUGGAGGAAGCCAAGAAGGAGAAACAGAAACUUCAAGAACAACUGCAGGUGGCCCAGAUGCGCAUCGAGUACCUGGAACAGUCCACCGUGGAUCGAGCCAUUGUCAGCAGGCAGGAGGCAGUCAUCUGUGACCUGGAGAACAAGACGGAGUUCCAGAAAGUGCAGAUUAAGAGAUUUGAGCACUAUCAUUACACCACCAUCAUCACCAUCACCACCACUAUGACUAUUAGCAUGACCAUCACCACCACCACCAUCAUCAUCACUAUUAUCAUCAACACAAGAUUGUUGGCUGAUGAGGCUGCUUUCAGCUUCUCCCCAUCCUCAACACCACCGCUCAAAGCAUCCUCCCCUAUAGACCUCCCUCUGCCUUUGAUUGAUUCCCCCUGGGCUUACCUGCUGGCAGAUCCAACCCUGAGGCAGACUCAGCUUCCUGAACCAGCUUCGGAGAAGCACGUGGAGGACCUCUCGGCAGUGAGACAGACCCUCCAGACAGACCUGGAGACGUCCAUCCGGCGGAUUGCCGACCUGCAGGCAGCCUUGGAGGAGCUGGCAUCCAGCGACAGUGACACGGAGAGUGUCCAGACGGCAGUGGACUGCACCAGCCAUGGCGGAAAAGAGAUAGAUAAUGUCUCCAUCCUCAGCUCCCAGCCAGAAGGCAGUCUGCAGUCCUGGCUGAGUUGUACUCUGUCCCUGGCCACAGAUACCGUGAGGACCCCCUCUCGACAGUCAGUCAUCAGCAGCCACACGCUCAGUCCCAGGAUCAACGAGGAGACCGGGGAUGCAGAGAGGUCCCAGCCGGCGUCGGCCCUGAGCAGAGCCCGGACCAUGCGGAGCCAGACCUCGGGGGACAAGUCUGCUUCACCCCUCUCCCUCCGGCGACAGAAGUACUACCACUUGGGGGACGGUGAUGAGUGUGGCGGGCAGAAGCAGCCCACGGAGAGACUGGGAGCUCGGUCUUCCUCCCCGGCUUCUCGGAGUCCAGACUCGUCCCCAGCGUCCAGGGAAAAGCUGCCCAGCCCCUCGGCGGCCCUGUCGGAGUUCGUGGAAGGUCUCCGGAGGAAGAGAGCUCAGAAGGGACAGGGCUCCACGCUGAGCCUGGAGGACUGGCCCACUCUACCCAUUUACCAGACCACCGGGGCAUCCACGCUGCGGAGGUCCAGGGCGGGCAGUGACGAGGGAGACCUCUCGCUGGGGUUUGGGGCACAAUCAGCCCUGGAAAAGGAGGGCGCCUCCGGGACGUCGGCCGGGCUCCUGCGGUCCACCAGCCUGAAAUGCAUCUCUUCCCCCAGCACAGAGGGAACCACGCUGCUGCCCAAGAAGCCGAAGACCAGGUUCAGCUCCUGCGAUUCCCUCUUUGAACCAGGGCAGAGCUCGGGGAGAACACUGAGCUCCCCAAGCACAUCCAGGGACCUGGUCUUGUCACCCACGCUGCGCCCGCGGAGGCGCUGUCUGGAGUCCUCACUGGACGAGGCGGGCUGUCCAGACCUCGGGAAGGAGCCUCUCAUCUUCCAGAACCGCCAAUUCGCCCACCUCAUGGGGGAACCUCUGGACAGUGAUCCGUUCACCUGGAAGGUCCCAAGCCUCAACUACAAACGCAAGACCAAAGUGGAUUUCGAUGACUUCCUCCCAGCCAUCCGGAAGCCUGAGACUCCUGUGUCCUUGGCCAGAGCGGCCAAAGAGGGUCAGGACAGUCCGCGGCAUCCGCGCAUCCACUUUGAGACAGAGGAGGCCGACCGGACCUUCCUCUCAGGGAUCCAGACCAUUUUGAAAAAGAGUCCGGAGUCCAGGGAGGACCCCGCUCACCUCUCUGACUCGUCCUCCUCCUCCAGCUCCAUUGUGUCCUUCAAAAGCGCCGACAGCAUCAAGAGCCGACCAAGAAUCCCGCGGCUGGACGGUGACGGUGGCGAGCGAACAUCCCCCGAGAGCAGAGAGCCGGGGGCAGGGAGAAAAGACGAGGAUGUUGAGAGCAUAAUGAAGAAAUAUCUGCAGAAGUAG